UGGCGAGGCCAUCCCGUCCACAGCCAUCGCUCUGUGCGCUUGACCCGGCGCCGGGAGUGCGGGGACCGGGGACCGAGGACCGGGUCUGCUGAGGCCGCAGCAGGCGCACCCGAGGCAAUGAUCCCAGGACAAGUGCAGCGGGCGCUCCGGUGCCUCAGGCCCCCCCGGGGGUCCGGGGUGCGGGGAUUUCCCAGGAGCGUCGCCACCACUGGGGCAGCGGACCGGGAGAUGGAGGAGGAGGAGCGGAGUGCCUACACUGUGGUCGUGGUGGGGGGAGGACAUGCUGGUGUGGAAGCAGCAGCAGCGGCGGCCAGGGCGGGCGCUAGGACCCUGCUGAUCACCCAGAAAGCAGCGAAGAUCGGUGAGAUGUCCUGCAACCCAUCGUUUGGUGGGGUGGGGAAAGGGCACCUCAUGCGCGAGGUGGACGCACUGGACGGCCUCUGCGCGAGGAUCUGCGACCGAGCCGGGAUCCACUUCCACGUCCUGAACCGCCGCAAGGGACCGGCUGUGUGGGGGCUGCGAGCUCAGGUGGACCGAGACCUCUACAAGAGGCACAUUCAGGAGGAAUUGGCCAGUAUUCCGGGGCUGCAGGUAAGAGAGGGCUCCAUCGAGGAUCUGCUGAUCUCAGAACCCGACGCUACGAGACCAGGAAAGUGGCGAGUACGAGGAGUUCGGCUCGCGGAUGGGUCAUCCGUCCUGUCUCCGUGCGUUGCUCUGGCCACUGGCACCUUCUUGCGGGCGGAGAUCUUCCUGGGUCAGGAGCGGCGCCCGGCUGGCCGGCUGGGGGACAGGCCGUCGAUUGGUUUGGCUCAGACGCUGAAACAGCUCGGCUUCCGUCUGGGCCGGCUGAAGACGGGGACGCCCCCUCGGAUACAGCGGGACACAGUAAAUCUUGGGGUGUUGGAGACCCACAGGGGGGACAGCCGACCCAUCCCCUUCAGCUUCCUCAACACCAGCGUGACCAUUCAGCCAGAUGAGCAGCUACCCUGUUACCUCACCCACACGGGUCCUGAGGCUGAGCGCCUCGUCAGAGAGAAUCUGCACCUCAACCCUCACGUCCAGGAGACCACCCGCGGACCUCGGUACUGCCCCUCCCUGGAGGCCAAGGUGCUCCGUUUCUCCGGCCGCUGCCACCAGGUGUGGCUGGAGCCUGAAGGUCUGUGCUCGGACGUCCUGUACCCCCAGGGUCUGUCCACCACCCUCCCCCCUGUCCUGCAGCAGCAGCUGGUCAACUCCAUUCCCGGCCUGGAGACGGCCGAAAUCCUGCAGCCUGGGUACGGGGUACAGUAUGACUAUGUGGACCCCCGACAGUUGACCCCCUGGUUGGAGACCCAGGCGGUUCAGGGUCUCUUCCUGGCGGGACAGAUUAAUGGGACCACUGGCUACGAGGAGGCAGCUGCUCAGGGGCUGAUCGCAGGCAUUAACGCCGCCCUCCGUGGGCGGGGGUCUAGCCCGUUCGUAGUGGGACGGACCGAGGGGUACGUUGGGGUGCUGAUCGACGACCUGACCACGCUGGGCACCAAUGAACCCUACCGCAUGUUCAGUGGGCGGGUGGAGUUCCGGCUCGGGCUGCGGCCAGACAACGCGGACCAGAGGCUGACCGCCAGGGGUUACGCGGAGGCGGGCUGUGUGUCCCGGAAGCGGCAGCAGGAGGCUCUGCGUGUCAGUCAGGCCCUCGAGCACGGAUUGGCUACCCUCAAGUCCGUCUGUUACUCAGGCACCCAAUGGCUACGCCUCCUGCCGGAGACAAAGGUCAGCCCAGAGCGCAGUGACCGGCCCAGUGCUUUGGAAAUGCUACGCCAGCCAGGGGUGGAGCUGAGGACCCUGGUGGACGCCCUCCCACACUCUCUUGGUUCCCUUCCUACCGAGGGGCAACUCGCUGACAGAUUCAAGAUUGAGGCUGUUUAUCAGGGCCUGCUGCUGCUACAGCAACAGGAGAUGGAGGAGGUGAGGAGAGACGAGGAAAUGAGGCUUCCUGAGGAUCUUGACUACCACAGCGUGAAGGUGUCUUUGUCCCAGGAGGUGCGAGAGCUCCUCGAGUUCACCCGGCCCCAGACGAUCGGUGCUGCAUCGCGACUGCCGGGGAUGACUCCUGCAGCUAUCGUUAAUCUGCUUCGCUUUGUCAGAUUGGCUUCAAACGCCGCACCCAGAAAAGAUGCUUGUUCCUUUUGACGUACCAUAUAACAGCUUAUCAUUGAUGUACCACAAAAUAAAAACUAGUACU